AUGUCGCACCGAAGGCCUCAUGCUUUCAAGAUCUUGUGCCCGGAGCCACUGGCCUCGGGCGUGCUCGGGCACCGAGGGAGCACCAAGGACCGCAUCCAGGAUGAGUGCCACUGCCGCCUCGUCAUGAGCAAUCGCGACGAGUUCUACCCUGGCACGCGCCUGCGGUUGGUGGUGAUCCAAGCCGAGGAACAGCUCUCGAUCCUCAAGGCCCUGGACAGGGUGCUGGACCUGCUGGCAGAGUGCGCAGAGACCGAGCGUCAGAACCCGAGCGGCCGCACCGCUGUGCAAGGCGAGCCCGAUUUCCUCGGCAAGGAGCAUGGGGAGCUGGUUUUGCGUGCCGCGGUGCCGUUCCGAGUCGGCUCCGCCAUCAUCGGGCCCAAAGGGGCCCAUGUGCAAGCGCUGAAAGAGGAAGCUGGCGCUAAAAUCAUCAUUGACAAGGAGCACCAGCAAGGCCACCAGGCCUGUCGUUUGGCUGCGCGGCCCGAGGGCCUGAGGAUAGUGCUGUCCCGCAUCAGUGAUUACAUGGCAGAAGACGCUGCCCAGAGGCCGAGCGAGUUCGAUAGCUGGGCGUCCAUCCGCAACUUCGGCCAGCAGGAGGAACACGGCGGUUACGGCCAAAGCCACAGCCGUGACGGCCAUGGAAGAGACAGUUACUCCAGAAACGGCCGGGAAAGCUACGGCCGUGAAAGCUACGGCCGGGAGAGCCAUGGCCGGGAUGGCCAUGGCCGGGAGGGCUACGGCCGGGAGGCCUACGGUAGGGACGGUGGGAGGGAUGGACACAACAGCUACGGUGGCUCUCCUGCAAGUCACGGGGGUCACGCCCAGAGCCUGAGAGGUCCUGGCGCCACGUCCUGGGACCAGGCCGGUGGCGCCCGGAGUCGCAGUCCAGGCCGCUUUACAGCCACGAGGGCACACCUGCCAGCACCCGGGCCCCUGGAGAUGCUGGCAUCGGCCCUCAGCGGAAUGCAGCCGGGUGCCGUCGACUACGAGUACGAGGUCACUUGCGAGUUGCCACCGCAGAAGGUCAGUGCGAUGAUCGGCCCGGGAGGGCAGAUCGUGAGGAACGUGCGCCAAACCACCGGUACUCACAUCCACUUCGACGAAGUGCCGCACGGCGCGAGGGAGCAAACCAUGCGCAUCAAGGGUCCCCUGUUGGGCGUCUACAGGGCACACGUGAUGAUGAUGCAAAGGUAUCAUGAGCACGAAACAGAGUUGUUUGAACCCAAGGGCAAAGGUGCUGCUUCUGCGAAAGGCGGGAAGGGCGAGCGCCGUAGUGGCUGGGAUGCCAAGGGCCGUGACAGCGCCAAGGGCCGGGAGCCUACCCGGGAACCCACCCGGCAGCCUUAUCGCGAGCCUCCUCGAGAUGCCGGCAAGGGCCGAACUCAUGGUGGACCAGGCUUGGGCUGUGUCUCGAAACGGAGAUGGCGCUGCCUGCUCGCAGGGCUUCUGCUUUUCGGAAUCGCCGGUUGCUCGGCUUUCCUGGCUUAUGCAGAGACCCUGAAGUCCGAAGAGUCCCAAGACGAUGAUGCCGGGCCCCAUUCCAUGGAUGCUGCGGUCUAUCAGGCCGUUGCGAGCGAGUCUACCAGAUGGGAGUUGAAGCUCUCUCCUUCCUUACUUGGGGUGCUUACGGGUCUGCUUCUUGCCGUGGUACAUGUGCCUGGCAGCCUUCAGCACCGGCACCGGGCAAAGGGGUGGUGUCUUAAGAUCGGCGGCUGCUGCGCCCUUCUGCUACUCAGCAUUUACAUCGUCGAGUUUCAGUGGCACUGGCUUUAUAAGCCUGGCAGCUGCCGCGGUGGGAUCAGGUACCGGUGGCUGAGCCUCUUGGACUGUGCCGGAAUGGUCCUUCUGGGGCUCUACUGCGCUGUGAAGCCUCAUCCGACUUCGGGAUAUGUCUACGAUGCUCUAUGGUGCGUAUACGGCUUUUCAGCCACAUCCCUGCUCUACAUUGCCAUGGACAUCUACAUGGAGUGCGACUGGGCAGACCUUAGCCAGCUGACUGCCGCUUUAGCGCUCACCGCCGAGGCAGUUCUCUUCGGCUGGGUGGCGCAACUCUUCCAAGCGCGGAUGCAGUCGGCAGGGGAUGACGGUCUGGCAAGCUCCAAUGCCUGGUUGUACACCAUGGUAAUAACUUUCCAAGCCAACGUGGAGCUGGUGUUGAUCGAGUCCUUCCUCCAGCGGGACUUCGGAGCCUUCAUGUUCCUACAUAUCGCAAGCGUUGCGUUCAAGGUGAUGUUCCUUGGCAUCUGGCUCUCCUACACGUAUUUCAUGGUCACGAGCCUUUUCCACAGCUUGAGUGUCUUGCGGCUGGAACGCCAGCGAACAAGGGGGGUGGCGCGGCAGCAAGCCCACUGGGCAAUACGCAUUGUUCGAAUGGAGAUUGUGGUUUCGCUGCUCAUUGGUCUUACGACCGUGGUCACGUGGACCGUGGCGGUGGCAUUUACCCUAGCCGACCUGUGUUGCAUAAACAAAGAUGAGACUGCGUUCACGUGGGCCCGAGUGCGAACAUUUCUCCACCGUUCGGAUGUGAUGGUGAAUGCAGUCGGCGUGGCGCUCCUGUCGGGCGUCCUGUGGCGGGCUCCCCUGCCCAGGGCCAGCGACCUCACGAAGCUCGAGGAGAUCUCGAGGAUGCGGGCUGGCAACAGCUUGUCGCACCUAAACUUACAGGACAGGCAAAGCUACGAAGCCAAAGCCGCCGAACUGGCUGGGCGAGGUUUCCGGCUCCGGGACCUUCUUGACUUCUGGGGCGUCUUGCUGGACAGGCAGGUGAUGUCGGGCUUUUGCCCCGAGCGCUCAACCACCACGGACGUUGUCCGAGGGGCCAUCAUCCCAUUGUCGUGCACAUCUGUAGGUGGGGUUGCCCUUGCUACCAAGUGGAAUCAUGGGCAGCCUCUGGUACCGCAGCAGAUGGUGACACAUGCUUGGUCGAACACCUUCGCCAACUUGACGGCGGCCAUCGUUGGAGAUGCCCUUGGCCUCGAAACUUAUGGCGACUUGGCUCAGCGUCUCGGCACCAAAACGGGGCUGGCGAAGAUUGUGUCAGAUGUGCGAGCGGCCGAGAAGCUGGAUUCGACUUACUGGGUCUGUGCUUUCUCCAUCAACCAACAUGCCACCAUCUGCAAUAGCUUGGGGCAAAGCCCGCCGCGGGACACUGCAGCAUGGACGGCCUGGGAUAGGAAGUCGCGGGACUCCGUCACCGGAGAGCGCUAUCCCCUGUGCUCCUGCCGGGAGCCCAAGACCUCCCAGGACUACGUGGUCUGCGAGGUCAACAAGUUCGAUACCAUGAUGGAGCUGCUGACCCGAAGGGUCGCCAACGGCGUGGCUCAGCUGGUCGUUGUGGAUCCUGGCUUCGAUGUGCUCUACAGAGCCUGGUGCGUCGCCGAGAUCGUCGAAGGAAAUAUCCUCGGCAUCCCGGCCCGGAUAUCGGUCUUCUCCAGGGAUGUGGUGGACGAGAACUACGAGCGCCUCUCGCUGUUGGACGUGCGUGACUGCGAGGCAUCUGUCCAAAGCGACAAGGACAUGAUCAUCUCCAAGAUCGCCGACGUCGACGUCUUUAACCUUAGGCUGCAGCAGCUGGUUUUCAGUGCGCAAGGCCUGUUUGGGAGUUGGUUGGAUGGCAUCGAGCGGUCGAAACAUGUCGCCACUAUUGUCAAGAGAUCAACGCAGUCCCUUGAAUUGGUGGACAAGAAGAUGCCGAAGAUCUGCUGCUUUCGCCGCUCCCUGAGUGGUGACUGGUCCGAGUCCGCCAGCGAAAGCGAGACUUCUUGCAGCAGCGCCUGA